AUGGAUACGCUUGCCCCCGAUAGGCUUGUCCCACUUGAUUCAUCUAAAGACGCCGACCUCGAAUGGGUAGCAUCGCCGGAUCUCGCUGGUCCUGGGGUUGUACUGAAUUUUGUACUUACAGCGGCACUAUCAUUACUUGUUGCCGCCGGCUCCUACUUUCAUACCUACAGCGGAUCCUCAUCAUCUCGCCUGGCUGGUAAACAUGGCUCACUCCAACAAAUGGGUGUCGCUCUGCUUGACCAGAGUGCUGUAACAACCACAGCUAUAGCUUUAUCAUCUUUGAUAUCCUGGGAAUCAUCUUCCGCAUUUACACGAAAGUCGUGUCAACUCUACGUAUCAAUGGGCAAUGUCUCUGCUCUUAUGCUCAUAAUCGGGAUCAACCAUACCAGCGUCGGACGCCAUAUCGUCGUUGCUUUGAUGGCCCUGGAGUCAUUUGCCAUUUCCAUCCGUCUUACCUUGAGUAACGAAUCUAUUUCCAGUGAGCUAAUGUGGUUAGAGAGAGGAAAUACGUGUCCACCCACUGGGGCUGAUCGCAUAAAUGCGCUGAAGCCUCUUUCUGAAUACUUAAGCCUUGCGAGCGAUGCAGUGUGCAUACUACUCGUGCUUUUGUUAGGGCUUGGUACCAUCGCUCCCUUAAGACGCAAGAUGACCAGGAUGAUCCAUUUUGCUUGCUUCGCGCAUGGUCUUAUUCGACUUGUCACAAAUCUUUUUGCAAUCAAGCAGCUCUUCACAAACUACAGACCGUACUUGCAAGACGAUGUAUCAAUUUGGUCAUUUGGCCAGAUAAUUCCUCUCGUAGGACUCGCGAUACCUAUAUGGUCUCUUGUUGAGUCAAACAUCCGUGGUCCUUCAACUGCGGAAGAUCAAGACCGCAGUACACAGGAGGAUCCAUCCACAUCAGACACAUUUGACCUGUUCCUUUCUAUAUCCCCUUUUGUCUACUUCUUUCGCACAAUCCCGCUUGUGGUAUUUGUAUUUAGUUUUAUCGCAUUAUCAUUUGGUCUCAUAAUCCUAUCACGAUGGUUCCAAGGAAACCAUUCCUCUGUGAGGCAUAUGCGUCCAACGAUAGUAAGAGCUUCACACUUACGUAACCUUAUCUAUUAUACGACAUGGGGCAACACCUCACAUGCCAGCCACGCGCCAUCAUCACUUUUGGGUCUCAUUCCAUGGAGGCUCCAGUGGAAUAGAGAGAGCGCUGUUCCUCCGGGUUAUCGGCGAAUAAGUUGGACAUGUUCAUGUGGCCAUAGUCUGGCAGCUAACUUCAGCAACUCUCAUCCCCUCGCCUUGGCAGCCUUAGAAAACAAGCUUCAUGGUUUGAGGAACUCCAACGCCACAGAUGCUUCUCACCAAUCAUCCACCCCUUCUACUUCAAGUAUACAAGACACUCACUCAGCAAUCUCCAUUGCCAGCGGAGAAUCCCCAAGUCAGCCCUCUCAGAGAAGGAAGACACAGUCGAAUAACAACGGACGAGUCUCAUCACGUCAAAAUAUCAGAUCGUUAGAUAAUUCUGAGAGGGUUGGCGUACCCAAGUUUUUCGAACUCUGUGUUACUGUUGGAAAACACUCUGUUAGACUGGGCGAGAUCAACAUAUCAUCUGUUACAACAGAUGGCCAGUUAUUUAAAAAGAUCUGGGAUAGCUACCGAGAGAUCAAGACAUCAACCUUGGGGGCCACCAUUAGAGGCUGGUUCUUUAAACCCAGCGACGUCUUUUUUGUUCAUUUUGGAGUCAUGGGCAGGCAUAGAGUGGGCAUAUACAGCAAACCAAUGGAGAUACCACCUGCCAAAGAAGUAGACGAGGGCCGAUAUCACUACUUCGAGUGUCCGAUGCAGCCGCUCCCUCCCAUGCCGGAUCACAUUUUCUUGCACUACUUAGAAGAGGCAAAACAGAAAACUGGUCGCCAAGAUAACCCAGCUGCACAUGCAGAAGAUAUUUUUCUCUCUCGGCUACCCAAGAAGCUAGGAUCUAGCAUCUUCACGAGUAGAUCUGGUCUUACGUCUGGAAUUACGUAUGGCUGGGGUGUGCAUAUAGUCGAACGACCAAGCGGUUGGGCUAAGAGCAUGCUUGGUAUAUUGAGCGCACUAACAUGCAUUGCUGUGUUUGCUAUUACCUGGAUGUGUGCUGAUUUCGAUAAAGCGAUUGGCAUAGGCCAAUAUAUAACUGGAGUUCUAGCAAUCAUAAAUGCCGCAGUUUACUUUGCCUUACAGGAUUAUAGCAGUCCGUUAUCACGACGAGAGUAA